GCCCCCCUGGCUCCGGCCCUGCCGACACCGACACCAGCGCUGGGCAGGGCCCGGGACGGGACGGGUGGUCAGACCCCCCGGGACAGCCCGGCACAUCUUCCUCCUGCUCUCCUUGGGCACCGCAGGCCCGUUUGGGGAGUCGCGAGCUUCCCCAGAGCCCCUUUUCCCGGCGAGUUCUCGCCUUUUGCCGGCCGGCUGCGUGGGCCACGCUCUUGGGGUCGGUGCUUUUAGCAGGAGUUUUGAAGGCUCUGGCUGGAAGGGAAGGCGGCUGUUGGCAGGUAAGUGCGCUUCUGCCCCCGAUUCCUUCUGAAUCCAGGUGUUGUGCUUGGCAGGGCCCCUCUGUCCUUGCUGCGCCGGCGCGGCUGCUCACGGGACAGGCCUCUCCUGCGGAACCCGGAGCAUCCCACCGCCGUCUUCCCGCACAAGUAGCUGUAUACCUGCCUCCGUCUGCCCGCCGAGAGCCAGCGGCACGCCGGACUCCAGGCCGCUGCGGCAAGAUGUCGGUGACCUUUGAGGACGUGGCCAUCUACUUCUCCCCCGAGGAGUGGGCAGAGCUGGCGGACUGGCAGCGGCGGCUCUACCGGGAGGUGAUGCUGGAGAACUACCAGGCGGUCGCCUCGCUGGGCUGGCCUGCCGUCAAGCCAGAGAUCAUCUGCCAGAUGGAGCGAGCAGAGCUGCCGUGUGUGCCAGACCCCCCCAGGACACAGUGGAGCCACUGGACCCCUGUCUCAGCAGCCAGCAACCCUGGGACACAGAGGGGCUGGGGGGAUCCCCGAGGGGCUGCUGGCACCCACCGCCCUGCUCCCAGGCUUGCCCAAGCAGGGCAGGAGGUGUCAGGGGUGCUCAGCCCACAGCUGGCCAGGCAUGAACUGGGGAGUUUCCUCAAGGCACCCUCGCCUCCACCCCUUGCCGACCCCCCGGCCACUGGAGAAGACCCCCCUACGUGUCCUGAGUAUGACAAGAGCUUCAAGCGCCAGACCGCAUUGGAAGUGCAUGUGUGGAGCCACAUGGGUGAGUGGCCCUUCGUCUGCACUGACUGCGGGAAGUGCUUUGGCCACAAGCAUCACCUGCUGAGAUACCGGCACGUGCACACCGGUGAUAAGCCCUUUGCCUGUGACCAGCAUUUCAACGAUAAGUGCUGCCUGCACAUCCACAACAGGAAGAAACCCUUUGCCUGUACAAACUGUCCCAAGGCCUUCAGGGACAAGACGUCCCUCACCAUCCACCAGCACGUCCACACCAGGGAGCAGCCCUUUGCCUGCGCCCAGUGCCCCAAGACCUUCAGGUAUAAGAAGACCCUCAGAGUCCACCAGCUUAUGCACACCGGGGAGCGCCCCUUCGCCUGUGCCCACUGCCCCAAGGCCUUCAGGGACAGCAGUACGCUCGCUGUUCACCAGCGCAUCCACACGGAUGAGCGCCCCUUCAACUGCACCCACUGCCCCAAGGCCUUCAGGGAGAAGAUGACCCUCACUGUCCAUGAGUGCAUCCACACUGGUGAGAAGCCCUACAAGUGCAGCGAGUGUGGCAAGGCCCUCAGCCAGAAGCAGAACCUGAAGAGGCACCAGAGGAUGCACCAGAGCCCACUGGUGGUGCCAGAGGGUGGCCAAUAGGAGGGGGAGGGUUCAUCCCUGGUGGAGUAGUGGGCAGAGGACAAGCCUUUCCAGUGCAGCCACUGCAAGAAGUGGUUUCAGGACAAAGGGAUCAUGCUGGCUCACCAGUGCACCAUGGCACCCCCAGCCUGUGGCCACCUCUGCAGCCCGGCACCACCUGAAACUGCUGUUGAGGGGCUGCGGGGUGCCGGGGACUGUGAGGAGAUGUCCUGGUUUCAGCUGGGAUAGAGUUAAUUUUCCUCGUGGUAGCGGGUGUAGAGCUGUGUUUUGGAUUUGGGAUGAUAACAGACUGCUGGUUUGGUUGUUGCUCAGCAGUGUUUACCAGGUCAAGGACUUUUCAGCUUCUCCUACUGCCCCUCCAGCGAGGAGGCUGAGGGUGCACCAGAGGACGGGAGGGGACACGGCCAGGACAGGUGACCCAGACUGGCCAAGAGAUUCUCCAUACCGUAUGGCGUCAUGCUCAGUAUAUCAACUGGGGGGGAGCUGGCCGGGGGUGUGAUUACUGCUCAGGGAUGGGAUGGGCAUUGGUCAGCAGGUGGUGAGCAAUUGCAUUGUGCAUCUCUCGUUUUCUAUAUUCUUUUAUCAUUAUUAUUAUUAUUUUCUCUUCCUUUGUUGUCCAGUUGAACCAUCUUUAUCCCACCCCAUGAGUUUUACCUUUUUCCACCAAUUCUCCUCCCCAUCCCACUGAGGGAAAUGGUUGCGUGAGCAGCAGUGUGGUACUCAGCUGCCAGCCGGGGCUGAACCACAAAAGUCUUUUUUGGUGCCCAAUGUGUGCCCUGAAGGUUUGAGAUAAUGACAGAUCUGACGAGAGCUUGUUAAAACAAAGUUGUUAUAGGCAUUUAUUACAUUAGUUAAAUAGUUGCUGGUCACAAUGGUGUUUUGUUUAUUCUAAUGGCUGUGGUGUGUAAAUGCGUACUUGCUGUAUGUAUUCCCUGCGGCACUGUUUAUCACCUCUGGCAGAGGGGUCAGGAUUCUCCUUUUGCUGUACUGUGUAAUAUCGACUAAUGACAUGAUAACAUCGCUGGUCAUGAGGUUAAGCUGGUAUUUGUACUCGGCAUUGCUGUCAUGUCUGUAUCUUGCAGUGAUCCCUUGGAAAUUAUUAAUAAUUACACUCUUCACCUUUUCUCGUUAGAGACACAAUCUAUGGGGAAGGCAGGGGGCAUACUUUCCCCAGCUCCUUCACCUUCCCUUUCCCACAGGCUAGUUACAACAGCUCUUGAGAGUUUUGAAUACCCUUGGGAAGUUCAGACCAGCAUGCUCCUAUUGCUAUGUCUCCUGAAUGUGUUCCAGGUCUUGUUCAGGGUUCAACAACUACGUAAGAAUAUCCCCCAGAGAUCUGCCCCGAGGCUGGGUAGUUGUGAGUGGCAGGGUGUGUGGGACAGCAUGGGCAAGGACCUAGGGCAGUGAGCACCUCCCGUGCUCUGGAACUUCACCUCUGAACAAGUGCAGAACCCUGAAAAAACGGUAAAAUACUUGGAAAAAGGAUGCUGUCACCCUGGCAAUUCCAGAGAGACA